UAUUUUGAUAAAUCUUUUAAAUAUCCGCUGGAUUGAUUUUAGGUGCUUUUCCUUAAGUUUCUUUACUUUUCUGAAUAUAUUUUGUACAGUUUCUACUCGCUGAGUGGCCUCCACAGCCGCAUUCUCCGCCUUCUGGGCAAUUUUUUCAGUUUGGGAAAGAUCUUUUUGAGCUUUUUCCAUGCAGUUCUGCAAUUGUUGCACUUGCUUCUUAACAUCAGUCACCAUCGUAUAUUUCUCCUGUUUUUCACUUUCGCCAUAGGCCGCAAUUUCCUUCAAUUUCUCUACAUUCAACUUUGAAUUGUCUAGAAAGCAAUGCAAUAACUCUAGAUGAUUUUUAAUGUUUGCGGCAACGCGGAUAGUUGUUUCUAUGUUGCUUCGGCUACGAGCCAGUGCUUUUUUCACCUCUUCAAUAAUAGCAUCCAUCUCUGACUGACUCUGCUCCAGCUGCUCGAGUAGCUGCUUCUUGCCAUUUAGAGCUGCUUCAGCCGCCCGAGCGGCUUGCUCAGCCCUGUUGGCCAAUCGGUCCAUUGCGCGUUGACCGGCCUCUUCACCUGCGUACUUCUGUGCAUCUUUGGCUGCCUUAGCUUCAUCCGCUGCAAGCGCUGCCAUUUUUGUGGACGUCAGGCUGAGCUGACAGUUGGCCUUUUGUGACGGUUUUGUACCUUGUUUACGACAGGAUGGUUUCUGUUUGUAGUGUGCACUGCUCACCAGUACGAUGCUCAUUAGACAUAUCAACACCAGGGGGUCCCAAUGCAUUGAAAAUGUAUCAUCUUACAUAAAUCUCCAGGCUCGCCUGUCAGCGUCCAUUUUUGAAACACAAAAUAUCCGUUGUAAGUCGAACCUGCUUCUGAAAUUAUGUAUAAUGGCUGUUAAGGCUGUGUUAUUAGCUCUCAUUCUCCUGAGUCCUCUUGCUCUUGGUUACAAGCUUGAAAGUUCCAUCGACUUGUCCAGCUCAGUCUACGAUGCGGGGCACAAUGAAGCUUCGGAAGACUGUAAGAAAGAGGAGGGUUGCAACAUAAAGCUGUCUCACAAUGUGGCCACGGGGCAGAAGGCGUCCUGCAUUGCUAUGAAAGCGGCACAAGAAGCGAAGGCUGCAUCUGAUGCCCAAUUGCCUGCCGCGGAAAGUGCUGCUCUUCAGGUUAAGAUUCAAUUGGCAGACAAAGCGUUGGCAGCAGCAAACGCUGCAGAUGCAGCUCUGGCGGGCAAAUUUCAAAUCGUUGAGCAACUAGACUCGGAGGUGCGUGAAGGUGAGCUUGUCGUGGAAGAAGAGACCAGCUUGUUGCAAGCAUCGCAACUCAACUGCAAAGCAGCCUCGCAGGCGGCGAGAGAGGCCGGUCUACAGCUAAAGACCCUCGGCGAGGCUGUAAAGAAUGCUGAAGCAAAUGUGAUGAACUCGGGGCAGGCUGCCAGGGGCGUUCAGCAGGAGCUGAGCGAGAAACAGCAGCUUGUUGACGCGGCUAAAAAGCGCGUUGAACUGCUCCUCCAACAGCUCGAUGCAGCGCGAACUGAUUUCAAAACUACACAAAAGGCUGCGGAACGUGCCGCAUGCGCCGCCCAGGAAGCCAGGCAGCGCGCAUCUCGUGAGCGUCGCAAAGCUGAAAUACGCAUGAAACUGCGUCAGCAUAUGCAACAGUAAAUCAUGUUAAA